AACUUUGGUGCGCGGCUUUAGAUCUUUUUCUUAGAUCAGUGUUUUCCGGUCACAUGGCCAAAAAGAAUGUGCCUGCACUCGAGGCCAUGACAACAGAACUAGCGGAGAUCGUUUGGACAAGAUGGUGGUAAGGGUAUGCGAAAGAAGGGUACGCGGAGAUUGGGUUGGAAUUUUUACCUGUACUUUUAUAUUUAGUUGCUGGGCAUUUGCAGCGUACUGCUCCAAUUUUACAAUUAUUCAGGAAUUUUUCAGGAGAUAUAAGGAUGAACGAACAUAUUUACAUAUAGGUCAUGCUUCCAUUUCCGUGCUCACUAUCUUGACUAUGCUUCAGUGUGUGAUGUCUAAUGCAGGGCAUCUUCAUGAUAUUCGAAAUGCUGAACUUCUGGGUUGGCAUUUUUGUGAUAGAUGUCAAAAAUUUAGACCACCGAGGUCACAUCACUGCAGAAGAUGUGGUCAUUGUAUUCGCAAAAUGGAUCACCACUGUCCAUGGAUAAACAAUUGUGUUGGUGAAGACAAUGUAGCAAAUUUUAUACAGUUUUUAUUCUAUGCUGCCCUGAUGUCAUGGUCAACUCUGCUGAUGUGCCUAGCAUAUUUCUUAGACUGGUUACCUGAAUGUGCAGUUUGUAAUUCUGAUUCAAAUGAGAGAUUCAGCAUACACGUGGAAAUAAUAUGCUUAACAAUUAUUUCAGUCGCCUUUGCUGCUUUCACAUCGUUUAUGUUUGUUGAUAGAAUGCUGUUAGUUGCAGCGGAUGUUACCACUCUUGAAUUAAUGAAUGAUAGACAAGCAAUCAAGAAAAGCUUCCUGAACGACCGAAAACCAACUUUUUACAAGCUUCUAUCAAGAUCAUUUGGCACCUCAAAUGUUGUUGAUUGGUUUAUGCCGUACGCGAAAAGGCAAAUUAGGCCUUCUUACGAAUAUAAUGCAUACAAUUGGCUGGAACACGUGUAGAAAAUAAAGCCUUGCCUACUUUUCUAUAAUAAUUCUUUAAUUUGGAACCUUUUUCUGGUCCGUACUUAGUAUACCUGAAUUGAAUUUAGUUGUAAUUUUCGCACGAAUUGCAAAAUCGAGCUGCUAGAAUUGUCACCAAUUAUGAGACACCUGCUGCAAGUUUGAUCAUGAAACUCAAUUGGCAAAGCGUUACUAAUAUGAUAAAAAGCGAGAUAGCUUCUAUUUCAUUCAAUGCAUUAUCAGUUUUCGCGCCAGGCUAUCUUUUAAACCUAUUCACGAAAUACUUAAGAUGAAUUUGCGCAAUCCUACUGUCAAUGUCCUGGUUUCAAGGAUGAAAACUUAUAAUGGGCAGAAAGCUACGAAUUUCUGGGGUGCUAAGACUAAGAUUGAAUGAAUUGUCAAACAGGCACCCACACUUAAAAUAGGUUGAAUAGCAAUUUGCCUUUGUUAGUCUGACUAUGUUAUUUUUCUUAUUCUGUAUUUAAAAAAAUUGAAGCAAUCCUAAUUAAAUAUUUUAGUUUGUAAUAUUGUAAAGUUUUCAUACAGCACCCUGAAUGUAGUCUUUUGGACAGAUGGCGCUACCUUUUAAAAUAAAAAUGAAACAGAAAAUGUAACCUAACAAAGCAUCCGGGCAUGCUAGGAAAUUUCCCAAGACAAACCUCUUGUAGUGGUUUUUCGCAGAUGCAAACAGUUCAACAAUUUUUCUGUUGCUUUCAAACAUGUGACAUUUCUAUCAAGAGAUUCGCUCCCGUUCUGAUCCUCUACUUAGAUGAGGGAAGUUUAUUUUCAUUCUCUGGAUCUAGAUUUUUACACCAACAAGCCAAUCAUGUUGAUAGAUUUUCACGAAUUGUCUGAGUUCUGCACCUAUAAAACUCAAUUGUUUGUUAUUAUUUUUUGCUUCAAGUGCUUAAGAUUCUUAAUUUCUUCUAGUUGACAAGAACUUCUUUCUUGUCGUUAGUUUCUUAUAUAAAAAUAUAAGAGCACGUUUGGAUAGGGCCAGCAUAGUCUUUUUUAAAGAGAUUUCCCACCUGAUUUUUGCAUGGAAAUUUUUUUUCUUAUGUCUGUUGAAAACGUUCCACUUGUUCCCUUCCCCCGUAUCCUAUAGGUUUGUGGGCUAUGUAUAUAUCUCCAGAUUAUUCUUGGACCCUGUGCAUUUGGCUUUGCGACGUUUAAACCGUUUUAUUUUGUCGUCUUUCAUGCAUAAAUUGCAAAUUACAAUUUUUCUUAAGCUCCAAUACAGCUUGAAAGUUUGCAAUUUCUGUGACUGGGACAAUUCGAUCUUCGCAAAUCUAGAACAUUAUUUAAUUGACUUUUUUACACCAACUAGAGCUCCGACUGUUACAGUUGUAUCACAUUAAAGCUACCUAUUGAUAGGAAAUUUUUCCUCAAUUAGAAUCCAACAAGCUUCUAAAAAAUUAUUUUUUUCAUUGUUCAAAGUCUGCUUUGUAGACAAGAGCGUUACUGCUAUACGAAGUUAAAGACAGUCUGCCUUAUCUCAAGUUUGUUAUAAAUGAGUCUAUUAAAAUUAUUCGUGCCAUGGAAUUUUGCUAUUAUUCGUGCCAUGGAAUUACUUGAAACAUCGA